AUGGAAAAUACUCGGGUUUUUGUCAGUGGGCUUCCACCCACUUGCUCAAAUGACCAGCUUCGCAAUCAUUUCGCUGCUCGCUUUCAAGUGACGGAUGCCCAUGUCAUGCCUAAGCGUCGCAUGGGCUUCGUCGGCUUCAAGAGCAGUGAGGCAGCUCAAGAUGCUGUCAAGUAUUUCAACAAGACUUUCUUGAAAAUGUCGAAGAUCUCGGUAGAUAUUGCUCGACCGAUUGAUUCUAAGCCUAUUGAAAGAGGUCACCCCACACGGCAUCAUGAUGCAGCCCAUGAUACUUCAUCCUCAGACAGUGCACUCAAGCGUAAGAGGGACACUGAAAAGUCACAGGACCCUAAGCUACAGGAGUAUAUGUCCCUGAUGCAAUCGGGAAAGACAAGAACAUGGGCCAACGAUGAUACCAUGGCACAACAGGCGUCUGCGGAGCAAUCUGCGAUGGCCAUUAAUCCAACCCCUCAGACCAACAAUGUUGAAGAGGCGGCUUCUCAGCCCAAAAAACCUCGCAUCCAAGAAACCCUACCUGCUGCUAGUAAUGAGGACACCCAGCCCAUGUUGGUGGACCACAGCGGAGCGACUGAAGAUGAGGAAAAGGAUACAAAGGAUGAUCAAGGUGAAGAAGAGGCCGGCCCAGUGUCAGAUAUGGACUGGCUGCGGUCGAAGACGAGUCGUCUUCUGGGUCUCUUGGACGAUGAUGAGCAGGCCGAUUUUGAUGACCGAAAGGUCGAGGAACCGAUUGAGUCGAAGCCGAUUAAGUCUCGGAGUCCCAUCGACGAUGAACCUCGUAGUGCGGAACCUGAGAAUAUCAGUCCUCAGCCUGUCACUAAUGAUGCUGUCGAUGACGCUGUUGAUGAAACAGAGGACUCACCAGAAGAAGAUCGGAUAUCUCCUGAAAAGGCUAAAAAUAUUGAGCUGAUUAAGGAUUCUGCUCGGUUGUUCUUGAGAAAUCUUGCAUACGACCUCAAAGAAGCGGACCUCCAGCCUCUAUUCGCUCCAUUUGGCAAAACUGAAGAGAUUCAUAUUGCUUUCGACACACGUACUGAGACUAGCAAAGGCUUUGCUUAUGUGCAAUACCAUGAUGCAGAUGCAGCUGUCGAGGCUUAUCGAGCUCUUGAUGGAAAACAUUUCCAAGGCCGCAUUUUGCAUAUUCUUCCAGCGGCGGCGAAGAAGAGCUACAAAAUUGAUGAGUAUGAAAUUUCAAAGCUUCCCUUAAAGAAGCAGAGAGAGCUCAAGCGUAAGAUGGGUUCUACAUCUUCGUCGUUUAGCUGGAAUUCUCUUUACAUGAAUGCCGAUGCUGUCAUGUCUUCUGUAUCUCAAAGAUUAGGGAUUUCCAAGGCAGAGCUGCUGGAUCCAACCUCAUCCGAUGCUGCCGUGAAACAAGCACAUGCUGAGACGCAUGUCAUUCAAGAGACCAAAGCUUACUUUGCUUCUAACGGAGUGAACAUUGAUGCUUUCAAACAUCGUGAACGUGGAAACACGGCCAUGUUAGUCAAGAACUUUUCGUAUGGUGUUACAUCUGGUGAAUUGAGGUCGUUAUUCGAGCCAUACGGUACGAUCAUCCGACUACUGAUGCCACCAAGCGGAACUAUUGCCAUUGUAGAAUUUGGAAGACCCGACGAAGCACAAAAAGCAUUCAAGGGACUUGCGUACCGCAAAAUGGGAGACUCAAUCCUCUUCUUGGAGAAAGCACCAAAGGAUCUGUUCGAUGGUUCAGCAGUUCCCCAAGCUGCUCCUGAGAUCCGGGGCAAGGGCCAGGGAUUCUCUACCACCGACACAUUUGCAGCGGAUGCGACAGAUGAGCCUGAAGGAAUCACAUCAACACUUUUCAUCAAGAACCUGGACUUUUCAACCAACAACGAAAAAUUCCUGCAGGUCUUCCGACCGCUGGAUGGUUUCAUUACUGGACGCAUCAAAACCAAGCCCGACCCGAAGCGUCCUGGGCAAACACUCAGCAUGGGUUUCGGUUUUGCGGAAUUCAGGUCGAAGGCUCAAGCUCAAGCUGCGCUUGGAGCUAUGAAUGGUUACAAACUUGAUGGACAUGAACUUGUCAUCCGUGCAUCUCACAGGGCGGCAGAUGCCGCCGAGGAACGUAGACGGGAAGAUACCGCCAAGAAGGUUGCGGCGAGAAGAACAAAGAUCAUCAUCAAGAACUUGCCAUUCCAAGCUACCAAGAAGGACAUUCGAUCUCUAUUCGGUGCAUAUGGUCAGUUGCGUUCUGUUCGUGUUCCUCAAAAAUUCGAUCGCUCGGCCCGUGGUUUCGGUUUUGCCGACUUUAUCAGCGCCCGUGAAGCGGAAAAUGCUAUGGACGCGCUGAAAAACACGCAUCUUUUGGGCCGACGGUUGGUGUUGGAAUUCGUGAACGAGGAGGCUGUCGAUCCCGAGGAGGAGAUCGCAAAGAUAGAGAAGAAGGUAGGAGAGCAGGUGGACAGGGUCAAGCUCCAACAGCUUACCGGCAUUGGGCGCAAAAAGUUCACUGUAGGAGGCCAGGAGGACGACGGAGCAUGA